AGCACCGUAUAUUGGUUGAAGACAGACAGACACAAACAACACGUCCUCUUUGGAUGCGCAUGCUCUUGGGAUAAGCAUCUGGCUCGUAUAUUUACGCUGAGAGAGAGAAGAUGGCGAGUCCCCGCAAUGGAAGCUCCAAUACUUUCGUCAUGAUUCCGGAGAUCAAGUUUACCAAGCUCUUUAUCAAUGGAGAAUUCGUCGAUUCUGUUUCAGGAAACACGUUCGAGACGGUCGAUCCAAGAACUGGAGAUGUGAUUGCAAGAGUUGCAGAGGGAGAUAGAGAGGACGUUGACUUGGCCGUGAAAGCUGCUCGUCAUGCUUUCGAUAACGGCCCUUGGCCUCGCUUGUCCGGCUCUGUAUGUCUUUCUCUUCCUUCCUACUACUAUUUCUUAAAAUAAUUCUGAUUAUAUUUGCUUUUUUCUGAAAAUAAAAAAUUAAGAGGGUUCAUCAUUAAAAAUGUCUUUUCACACAUCAUUUUACUUUUUUUUUUUUACCAGCGGUGACACAAGGAGGGCAAGGCAAGGGCAAGCUACAUUUAAUUUGGCAUCGAUAAAGUAGCAGUAGCACCAGGAUGGAGCUUGUGUCAAUGGAAUUGAAAAUAGAAGGGAAAACGGAAGGUUUUAUUGGUUAUUGUUGUGUUGCGUGAUUUAAGGGAUCCUCUAUUUGCUGCUUUCUUUGGGUAAAAGGGCUACUCUUUUAUUCAACUUCUCCAUGUUUGUCUCCCCCACCAUGCUCGUUGACCCAAGCUUUUGUUUGGAUUGAGAGAGUUGAGGAGAGGGGAGGAGAGUAAGGGAGAUGUCUCUUUUUUUUAUUAUUAUUUAGAUAAUUUUAUUAAUUAAUGGGGAAUAAGAGGCAGAUAAAGAG